GUCACGUGCACGGCCCGCCAUGUGACCGCGGCGCUGGCCGGAGGUGGGAGCGCUGAUGCCAUGGCCGCCCCCCGCCCCCCGCGGGUGGUGCCGGGCGAAGCCUCCGAGAGCGACUCGGAGCCGGAGCUGCUCGUGAGGGCCGCAGGGGAGACCCCCGGCGCCGGGCUAAAGGUGCCGGGCGAAGCCUCCGAGACCGAAGAGGAGGAGGAGGACGAGCAGACGCCGAAGUCGCCCCCGGUACUGGCGGAGGAGCCGGCGGCGGUUUGGGGGAGCGGCCCCUCGCUGCUGCAGCARAGGCUGCGGGAGGGGACGGGGCGGCUGCGGGGGGCGGUGGGCAGCGCCCUUCGGCAGAGCUAUGGCAGUGCCGCCCGGAGCCUGGGGGGUUUGGGGGGCGCCCUGGGCCGGGCACAGGUGACCGCUGCCGCAGCCGCACACUGCCUGCGUGUGGCCCGCCGUGAUCUGCACGCCGUGGCCGACACCAUCGACAUCGUCACRGCGUGUCACCUCCUGCCCGACAUCCGCGGGCAGCUCUGACUGGCACCAGGAUGUGGCACCGUGUUCACCAUCCCACUGUGGCUGUCACCAGUGGCGGCACCAACACUUGCCAGACAUUUGUGGGCAGCUGACAGCAUCGCUACUGCCCUCUCAGCAUCACCAGUACCGCCUCUGCCAUGGCAGGGUCAUCACCAUCAGGAUCAUCACCACAGCAUCCUGACAAGGGUGAAGUUGUGGUGGCAUUGGGUCAUGUUUGCAGCACCCCACAAUCACCCUGAAGACCUCCUCACCACAAUGGCAUCAUCACCAGUGUGGCCAGAAUGACACCAAGCAGUGGCUUGAAACUGCCAGCCUGGCACCCCAGGACCUCCAUGCUCUGGUGACAUCAUUGCUGCUGGUCCCCUGGCCAGCUGCCACCAUCCCUGAACUGCAGCCUGGCACUGGCUCGAGUCACCAUUGUCCCCAAAUGCCGCUGUUUUAUGUGACAUGAAGCUAAAUAAAACCCUGGUGGUGUCAGAGCCAUAGUGGG